GAGUAGCAGUCACCAACUUCAUCGCAUCCUUGUGCCUGCGAGGCAGCUACAGGCACAGAGAGGUGCUGAGGCUUGCCUAAGGUCACACAGCUCGCGAGAGGGCGGGUGCAGUGUAGAACCCUGAUCUUCAGGCUCCAGUUCGGUGCUCUUGCUGCCACUCCACUCCCACUGGCCCCUCAGGUUCAGUGCACAGCAGUCAGAGAGAAGCCAUGUCUUUGUGAGUGAAGCCAUUGUCUGGAGGGUGGUUCUCAGUGUUGCCCAGAGACCUGCAGAAGUGGCAGUCUUCAAGUCCCACCCAGGACUGACUGGGGACUGAGAUCUAGCAAUAUGGGACUUUGCAAGCCCUCUAGGUGACCCUGAUACACACUCAAGUCUGAAAACCACCGGCCCAGACAGAAAGGCAAAGUGCCGAGUGCUGCAGCCAUACACAGGCAUUCGGACCUUCAACUCGCACAGCACAAAGAAGGGUCGUCUUCCUAGAGGAGGAAGGAACACAGCUCUCAAGCCACACCUGCAGAGCAAGGUCACCCUCAAACACAUGUGGCGGUUAGACAUGCACAGACGGGGAGGAGGAGUGCAGCCAGUACUUGCGCAUCCACACGUGCAUCAGAGAUAGUGUAGUUUUGCCAACUCAGCAAUUCCCCAGAGAUGUGCCAGUUCCACUGCUUGUUGCCCGGGAGGUGCAUCCCUGCCCUCUGGGAAAUUGCCAUGCAGGAUCAUAGAACCUCUGAUCUGGGAGGGAUCUUAGAGAGUACCUACCUCAUUGCCCACCCCUACUGCAUCACUGGUGAUGCCCCUGACUUUCCUUCUCCAGAGGAACCUGGCAGGCUACAGUCCAUGGGGUGGCACAGAGUCAGACAGGACUUAGCACUGAGCAUAAUCAUUUUUAGGACAGUGGUAGGCCACACGAAACAUCGGUGGCUCCUAGUUUGUGGACUCUGGUUUAAUAUCCUUCUUUCCCACUUGGCUCCCUGCUCCACAGGGGCACAUGCCCCUGGUUCUGCUCUGCUCACCACAGUGUCUGGCUUCAACAAAUGGAAAAAUAAAAAUAGAAGAUGGACCCACACUCCCAGUAGAACACCAGGUUCAGAAAGAACACACUGGCAUGGGGAUGGCACUCUGUCACUCCUCGCCUGUUUUUCAAUUGCCCACUGGAAAUGGCCCCAUGUCCCUUUAAGCCCUACUCCCGGUUGACCCCUGCAGGCCUCCUUAGCCUCUGCCCUGAAGUCAUACCCUGGCCACAUGGGUUCUGGUGGGGGUGGGGCCCUCUGUGACGUCACCAAGGGCCCAGCCCUGCCUGGUCCUCAGUCUCCAGGUGCCAGCGCAGACCAGCGCACCAGGAGCCACUUCGUCUCAGCUCACAAUGCGGUCUGUAAUAGGGUUAUUUUUUUGGUCUACGGUUAUCUCGUUUAUCUUUGCCUACGUGUUUUAUGUUCUGAGAGAUGAAGCCGAAGAACUUCCGGGGAUGGUGCCCAGUGGAAGGCACUUCCGCGUUCGGCAGUAUCAACCAGAGCAUGCCCCAGGUUGGUUUGGGAGCAAGUCGCACUGGCUGUUAAUCUUCCUCAUGUUUUUGGUGAUCCUGAAGUUUCCUGGAGGCAAUGACAAAAGUAACGCGGGCACUCCUCCUGGCCGUCAGGGCUGUUCAUCUGGCUCUCCAGGAAGAAAGAAGAUAAGGGCUUCCCCCUACAAAGACUCUAUGUGCGGUACCUUAACCCAGGUCGAGAGGUCACUGAUGAACCUUGCGUCCAGGGUGCGGAGUCUGAAACGCACCGCGGCAACUGGUGGUCAACGCCAAUGUGCCAAUAUCCAGGUUCUUGCUGACGGAUGGAAUAACAUUAAAAUAUAUGAGGUAUGGGACACCCGAGACCCCGUUGAAGUGGAUUUUCGCAUCAAAGAAGAAGAGUAGUUGAGUGUUGACAAACUGUAUCCAAACUAAUAAAAGUAAUAUUUUGAAGCAAAAGGAAAAAAGCCUCUGGUAUUUUUUAUUCGCGCUACAAUUUUACCUUUUCCAGAAUGUGGUAUAAUUGGUAUCAUGCAGUCUCUUCCAGACUGAAGGGAAAGGCUACCUUUCCCUUCUGGUAUUAUGGCCUGGAGAACUCAUGUGCAUGUUUUUGUGUGGGCAUUAGCUUUCAAAUCAUUUGGUGAACUAUCUAGGAGCAAAACUGCUAGGUCAUAGGGUAUGACAGUGUUUAGCUAAGUAAGACAUUGCUUCCAAAGUGACUGUACCAUUUUGCAUUCCCACUAACAACAAAUGAGAGUUCUGGUUGUUCCUCAUCUUUGCCAGUAACUGGUUUUGUCAGAUUUUUGUAUUUGGCCAUUCCAAAGAGACUAGAUCUGACAGAUAGAGUGCCUGAUGAACUAUGGACUGAGGUUCAUGACAUUGUACAGGAGACAGGGAUCAAGACCAUCCCCAUGGAAA